ACCGGCUUUCCAGGAAGUAAAUUGAGAUAGCUAGUGGUUCGGCAAGUACAUAAUCAGUGAAAUUCAUGAACUGGUGGACACGGUCGCAUACAUAAUACUACUCAAUUAUUACUAUAAAGGGGACCCAAACGGGAUAGUCCUGACCUCCCGACAUCAUGGAAGAAACCUAUCAGAUGAUUGUUGACCCCAUGCUUGCUGAAAUGGGUAAGAAUUUGAAUGAGGCCAUGAAAAUUCUUGAGGAUGGUCAAAGGGAGGUUGAGGAGAAACGGAGGUACAGCCGAAGGGACAUUCCAGGGCCGCUGCAAGGAGGUGGUCAGGAUGUGGCCAACAUUUUGCAGUUGGUCCAAAACCUCAUGCAUGGAGACGAGGAGGAGGAAAAUCAGGGUCAUCGCAGGAUGCAGAAUGUUGGGGAGCAGGGUCACAUGGCCCUGCUGGGGCACAGCCUGGCGGCCUACAUCUCCGUCCUGGACCGGGAGCGAUUGAGGAAGCUGACCACCCGUAUCCUGUCAGACACCACACUCUGGCUCUGCCGGCUGUUCAGGUAUGAAAAUGGCUCCGCGUAUUACCACGAGGACGACCGGGAAGGGCUCAUAAAAGUGUGCCGUCUCGUCGUUCACUCCCGCUUCGAGGACUACAACACGGAGGGCUUCACAGUACUCAACAACAAACAGCCUGUGGUCUACCAGAGCGCGGCAUGCCGGCCAGGGCUGGGACAGCACCUCUGCAGCCAGCUGGGUCUGCCCCUGUCCAGCCUCUGCACAGUACCCUGCAACACUAUGUUUGGAUCACAGCAUCAAAUGGAUGUUGCCUUGUUGGACAGACUUAUCAAAGAUGAUAUUGAUUCUGGGAAGCUUCCAUUGCUGUUGAUCGCAAAUGCAGGAACACCAGGUGCAGGACACACUGACAAACUGGGCCGUCUGAAGGAGCUGUGUGAACAGCACAGCAUGUGGCUCCAUGUGGAAGGGGUCAACCUGGCGACACUGGCUCUGGGCUAUGCAACAUCCACGUCAUCAGUGAUGGCCGCCACCAAAUGUGACAGCAUGACCCUGACCCUGGGCCCCUGGCUGGGGCUUCCUGCCGUGCCUGCCGUCACACUGUACCGCCACGAGGACCCGGCCCUGUCUCUGGCUGCAGGCCUGACGUCCAGCCAGCCAGUGGAGAAGCUACGUGCUCUGCCGCUCUGGCUGUCCCUGCAGUACCUGGGGCAUGAUGGGAUCGUGGAGAGGAUAAAGCACGCCUCCCAGCUGAGUCAGAGACUCCUGGACCAUUUGAAGAAGCUGACCUCUAUAAAAACAUCAGAUGACCUUGACAUGCAGAUGUCUCUUCUCGAGGCUUUGACCAUGGUGGAGGAUGAGAUUAACUCUCCAGUGGUGGUAUUCAGGUUCUCGCAGGAGACGAGUGAAGCAUCAAGCAGCGAUGGAUACUGUGGAGGUGACCGAGAGGUGCAAGAUUCCCUCAACAGAUGGCUGGGUGAGCAGUUGGUGCGUUUGGUGCCGGCCUGUGGGGUAGAUGUGGUGGAGCUGGAGGAUGAAGGCACCUGUGUUCGGUUCAACCCCCUCAUGACUGCUGCAGUGCAAGGCACUCAGGAGAGCGACGUGGACACCCUGGUGGAGAAGUUGAGUGAGAUGGUGCCUCUUCUCAGCAGCACACUGCGCCUCAGACAGGACUUCAGGGAGGAGAUAUACCGCCACUCAGGCCUCAAUUACAUCGAGGACCUCAGCUGGCCAGGGCUGGGCAUCAUCAGGUACGAGCCCAUCCGGGAUGAGCUUGAUGACAGCAAAAACCAGCUGGAGGUGGAGACGGUCAACUGUAAUCUGCUGAAGAAACUGCAGGAGCUGGAAACGGACUUGACUUUCUCCACUGGACCUGAGUUUGGGCAGGAAAAAAACUGUAUAUUCAUUGGCAUGGCAACGGAGGACCUUGAUGUGGCAGAGCUGACAGAUACCAUUGCAACAAUGGGGCGAGAGAUUGAGGAAAGUGGCAAGCUAUUGGAGAACAUGACAGAGGUGGUGCGGAAGGGUAUCUUGGAGGCUGAAUUGCAGCUCCAGAAAGCCAAUGAGGAAAGGCUUAUGGAAGAGGGUGUGCUGCGUCAGAUCCCCUUGGUGGGCUCUGUACUUAACUGGUUCUCUCCAGUCGAGAGUACUGUUAAAGGCAGGACCUUCAGUCUGGCUGCAGGCUCUUUGGACUCUACAGAGCAAACCUACUCCAUGAAGGCACAGGCUGUCAGAGGGACCCCUCCCACCACCCCCAAUGCAUCCAAGCGACUGCCAGGUCAGAAGUUGUUCCGGCGCCCUGGAACAGGUUCUGACAUGCUCAGUGAGACCAGCUCUGUUGGCCAUCCAGAGGAGGAGGAGAGGGAGUCGGUCCAGUCUCCAGCCCCAGAAGGCGCGCCCGAGCCCGUCCCAGAACCCGUCCCAGAACCCGUUCCAGAACCCGUCCCAGAGCCCAUCCUGGAGCCCUCAGAGGACCCAGACACAAGCCCUGAGGUCACACAGCCAGCGCCGGAGGAGCAGAUCGAGGAGAGACAGCCAGAGCUGGAGGCUCCAGAGACACAACAGGAAGUGUCCAUCAGAUAGGGGAACCCACAGGUGCAAGGCCAGGGCUGGGACGCCAGGAUGGGGUGGAACUCACACAGAUGUAGGGCCAGCAAAAGGCUCCAUUUUCUCACAAACUAGGCAGCAAGGAGAGAUGAGAAUUAAGCAGCUUAUAUGCAAGUAAUUGAUUAAAAUUGUGAUUUAAGUUUCAUAUCUGUAAAUAUGUAGUUUAAAACCAUCAUAGUUUAGGCUUGAUCACUGAGUGUAUGGUUAAACUACAUGAGGCUAAGGGUGAAAUGCACAUUUAUGGAUCAAGUCAGAUUCCUUUAAUAAGGAAAAUCACGAUCUUGAUCAGCUUCUAAGACCCUCUGGUGAGCACUAUGUUUCCGUAGUUAUGGAGUAAUUCACAAUAGCCGAGGGAAGAGAUGCACUGUUUUUGGUUCAUUUUCCAGGGUAGCAAAAGUGUGGCCAGUGACAGGAAGGGGCUCUGCUAGGAUCUUUGGGAAGUGAUGAGGGGUCAGUCAAUUUAUGGAACUAAGAAAAACAAGAGAAUUUCUGACUUAUUGCUGCUUGCUUCCACUGCCCUAACACUGUUUGCAGGCUUUGUUUAUAUAGCAUAUGAUCAGGAUAAUUUGCUUCAGGACAUUUGAUCCUGCUUUGAAGCUUUCCGUCCAUAUUCAAACAAAUUACAACCAAUUCACAGUGUUUCAAUGGAUUCACAUAUACAGUGAGCAGGAUUACCUUUUUAAGGAAGGUAUCACUAUCCAAAGAUGCACAAAGCCAACAGUGAGGUGAACAGAAGUAACCAAAUAGCAGAAACCAAACACACUUACCAGAGCAAAUACAAAAAGAUGUACUGCUCAUUUGCUUCAUUUUAUUUUUAAUGAGCAAAUUCUAUAGUACAUUAAAAUCACAAGCGUUUAUUAAUAAAUAAUUAAUAUACUGUGUAUUUUCCACUGCUAAUGUCAGAUAUUCCUGCCACUGUGUACAUAAAUCCUAAUUAUUCCUGGCCACCUUUCCCUAUAUUCUACAAAAUAUGAUCAUUCUUAGAAUGUAGUCCUAAUCUGUAACAUCCAUCUUAAACCACAUUUGAGUAGUCCAGUUGCAUUCCAACAAUACUGAGCUGCAUUACAUGUGGCUGUAGGAACAAGCAACAUCUGAAUUGUUAGGUAUCCAUAAAAAUGUUGAAUCAGAUAUUUAUUUUCAAAUCUUGUCAAAUUGAAGUCCUCUUAAGUAAAAAGUUUAUUGUCAGACACUGUGCCUGCAAUGAGAGGGCAAUUAUUGGGUGAGUUUUUUUCGCUGUGUGUAAACUGCUAGCUAUAUGGAUUGAAGCAGCUUGAUUUUAUGGAAACUUGAGCCUUAUUGCACUAGGUGUGUUCUUUUUUUUUUUUUUACUCUGUACAAAAUCAGUAACUUUAUUUAAUCACAAUGGCAGCAUUUUUUCCUGAGAAAGAUUAUUAUUUAUUAGUGAUGAAUUUAUUUAUGCUCAUCUUGAUUCGAAAAUGUCCAUGUGGUACAUAAUUCAAAAAGUAACUCAUUAUGGGAAAAAAAAUGGGACAUUCCAAAUGUGACUUGCGUUGAGUUCUCUCAUUGUCUUUUCAAAAUGUCCGCUCAUUGAACAUGUAAUAAGUAUGAAAUGAGAAUGUACUCAACUGUGUCCCUUUAUCUCUCCUUUUUCUUUUUGUCUGGAUCCAGAAUGUUUGCCUCAUGACCAUGUCUUUGACCUCUGUGGAGCUUUUAUAACUCUGGAGUUACUGGAAUAACGACUGCUACAGAAAUAACCAUAGUCCAAAAUCAAAAAAGUUUAUGGUCUCUCAUACCUGUAUAUAUUACAUCUUUAACUGCAGUACUCUGCCUUUCAAACGGUUCUUGUCUGGGGAGACAUCUUGGUAGGGCCUUGGCCUGAGGUGGAUGCUUUCUUUGCAUCUUUGUAGACCUUUUUCUGCCCUGACCCAUCGAUCCAGUACUCUUGCAUUGCGGAGAGCAUUUAUAUCUACUUUUCUAUAGUUGCUAGCCUACUGACAGUACAGUCAUUUUGUUUUAUGUUCCAAUACACACAACUUCAUAGCAAUAUCUGCUCUCUGCAUAUUGAAACAUAAGACAGAUUUACAGUACAUGGAAUGUGAUCGGGUUUCCAUUUAUUUUCUUUAACAUAUUUGUUAUUUCGGAUUCCUUUAGGGAAGUGCAAUUUUUAAGUGCUUUCAGAUCUUGAUGGUCUUCCGUUUUAUAUAUUUUAUUCUUUUGGUGCAAUGAAGAUACCUUAUUUAGAUAGAACAUACCUUGCCGAUUUUAAUAUAUAUUGUGAGAACAUUUUAUUCAUCUUGAUAUUUUACUUAACAGCAUUUUGCUUGUUUAAAUAAUCUUAUAAUUGUUGUACUUUUGUUUAUAAAUUUGUCUUUUUUUUUUUUUCCCCCAAAGCUCAUUAAGAACCAGUGUCCUUGAAAUUGUAAUGCUGGAAUCCAGUUAACUUGAUUAAAAACUGCAGCUUAAAUUGUA